ACAAAUCAUACAAUUAACUUUGUAAUUGAAAUGAGUGAGCAAAGAAUAGCUAUUUAAUGUAUUUCCAAUGCUUUAUGAAAUUAAUCAAAUUACAUGAUUCUUUUAAGUGAACAUUAACUCCAAUGAUUGUUCAACUUUAACAGUAAGAGUUUGCUUUUCAUAAAUGAAUGUUUCUUGAUUUUUAAUUUCUAACAAAAUUAGUAUAAAUAUAACUUAUACAUUUGGGUAAAAUGCCUUUGAAUGGAUUAUCUGUUCGUGAUAGUUUUAGUGACAUUCAAUAUUUCAUCGAUAACAGCCAGUUAAUCGACAUUGGUACUUGGCAGGAUUAUGUUUGCCUUUUUUGUUUGUGUGUUGCUGAGAAUCCAGUUGUCCACAAAACUAGCCUUCAAUCUGCUUGCAAAGCAAUAUUUUGUCAAGCUUGUUUCGAUGAGGCAAUACAACAUGACCAAUAUCAAAUAUGCCCGUUAAGGUGCAGUGAAUCGGAAUAUUUACGAGAUUCUGUUGAACCAUUGCCUGUUGAGAUGCCAAAUGGACGAAGUGUCCAACAACGUGACAACUUACUUGUAAAGUGUAAAUUUGAAAUGUGCGAUUGCUUUGUGCGAUUCAGUGAUUAUUCAAUGCACAUUGACAACUGUGGAAUGAAUCCAAAUGUGAAGGCAAUAUGUCGUAUUUGUCUAGUGCCAAUAGGAAACCACAACUGUGCUGAAUUUGUGGCUAAUUUGGUUGAAAAAACAAGCCAGUUAACCGGACAUCAACAGGAUUUGACAGCUAAAAUUGAAAAUUUGGAGAAAGAAAUUGACAAAUUGAACAUUGAAAAUAUAAUUCUCAGAGAAAUCGUUGAUGAAAUUGUUAGUGAUUAAAACUUGCUGAUUCUAAGAGCUGAUCGAUGAUGAGAAUUUGGUGGUUAAUUUGGUGUUUUUCUACAAUAAGAUUCAUUGAGUUACCUUUUCUAAAUAUUAUGCUAUCUAUAUCUAUUCUGUAUAUAAUACUAUCAAUCUAAUUUUUAUUUCUAAAAUAUAAGAAUAACAAAUCGUGUUGCUAAAAAUUGCCAUCAUCAUAACGCAUUAUAAU